AUGGUGAAGAAAGCGAUCGAUGCGCGCAUACCGGCGCUCAUCCGCAAUGGCGUGCUCGAGAAGAAGCGCAGCUUCUUCGUUAUUGUAGGAGACAGGCAGAAGGAUGUCAUCGUCAAUCUUUACCACAUCCUCCUCAAUCUUGACAUCAAGUUGAACAAGAGUGUGCUAUGGGCGUACAAGAACAAACUGCUUGGCUUCACCAGCCAUCGCAAAAAGCGGGAGAAGAAGGUCAAGAAAGAGAUCAAGCGAGGUAUCCGAGAAGCAGAUGUGGAGGAUCCAUUCGAAUUGUUCGUCAGCACGCAGAACAUUCGAUAUGUCUACUACAAGGAGACCGACCGAAUACUCGGUAACACCUAUGGCAUGUGCAUACUACAGGACUUCGAGGCAAUUACGCCGAAUUUGCUCGCCCGGACGAUUGAGACGGUGGAAGGCGGCGGCCUUGUAUUGCUAUUGCUCAGGGGCAUGAACAGUCUGAAGCAAUUGUAUACCUUGUCCAUGGAUAUUCACUCGAGAUAUCGAACCGAAGCACAUGGCGACGUUGUCGCACGUUUCAACGAGCGAUUCAUCUUGUCUCUUGGCAGUUGUGAGUCAUGCCUUGUGAUCGAUGAUGAGAUGAAUGUACUGCCCAUCUCUGGAGGCAAGUCAGUCGUGGAGAAGAAGCCGUUGGAAGACAACGAAGGCAAGUCUGCGUCGGCGAUGGAGUUAGCAGAAAUUAAGGCCAGCCUCGCAGAUACGCAACCUGUUGGCCCACUAGUACAACUUGCGAAGACUGUCGAUCAGGCGAAAGCUCUGCUUACCUUCGUGGAGGCCAUUUCGGAGAAGACGCUUGCCAGCACCGUCACACUCACGGCAGCUCGUGGUCGAGGCAAGUCCGCAGCGCUAGGAGUGGCAAUAGCCGCGGCGGUCGCUCACGGCUAUAGUAACAUCUUCAUCACAUCGCCAUCACCAGAGAACCUCAAGACCCUCUUCGAAUUUGUUUUCAAGGGCUUUGAUGCGCUUGGCUACCUCGACCAUCAGGACUAUACCAUCAUCCAGUCGACGAACCCCGACUUCAAUAAGGCUAUCGUGAGGGUCAAUGUUCACAGGCAACAUCGACAAACAAUACAAUACAUCCAACCACAGGAUGCAUACACGCUCGGGCAAGCUGAAUUGGUCGUCAUCGAUGAAGCCGCCGCGAUACCGUUGCCGCACGUGCGGAAACUGCUGGGUCCGUAUCUUGUCUUCAUGGCUUCCACCAUUAACGGCUACGAAGGUACCGGUCGGUCGCUUUCUCUGAAGCUCAUUCAGCAGCUUCGCGAACAAUCGAGAGGCCAGAAGAAGCUCAAUGGCGAUCAGCAAGUUGCCAGUCGCACGGAUAGUAAGCAUGCGGAUGGUGCAUACACACCGGCUUCCUCACGCUCGUUGCGGGAGAUUACGCUAUCGGAACCCAUUAGGUACGCGCAAGGCGACAGUGUUGAGCGGUGGUUGAACCGACUGCUCUGCCUCGACGCAACAUUGCCACGACGGUCGAAUCUUCAUGGCACACCGCAUCCAUCACAAUGUCAGCUAUUGCAGGUCAAUCGCGACACUCUCUUCUCAUUUCACCCCGUUAGCGAGAAGUUCUUGCAGAAUAUGAUGGCGCUGUAUGUGGCGUCGCACUAUAAGAACACUCCCAAUGACCUGCAGCUCAUGUCUGACGCACCGGCGCAUCAGCUGUUCGUGCUUGUGGCACCAGUGCAAGAGGACGCAAAUCGGCUGCCGGAGAUACUGUGUGUGCUGCAAGUUGCGCUCGAAGGCCAGAUCAGCAAGGAGAGCGUGCUUAGCGCCCUCUCACGGGGUCAGAGAGCAGGUGGCGAUCUUAUACCGUGGCUUGUAAGCCAGCAAUUCCAGGACUCGGAGUUUGCAGGUCUUAGCGGCGCGCGCAUUGUGCGCAUUGCCACGAAUCCGGACUAUGCUAAUAUGGGCUACGGUUCUCGAGCACUGCAGCUGCUGACGGAGUUUUACGAAGGCAAGCAUGUCAACUUGUCCGAAAACGAGGAUUUGGCCGCCAUGCACGAGCAAGAGAUGGUCCGAGUCACCGACACUGAGCUCGAGAAUAGUACACUGCUCGCGGAUAAUGUCAAAGUUCGUGACAUCAAAGCUAUGCCGCCCCUUUUUGCGCGGCUGUCAGAGCGCAAACCGGCAGGCCUUGAGUACAUCGGCGUGUCAUAUGGUCUGACACAGCCGUUGCACAAGUUCUGGAAGCGUGCUGGCUUUGUACCAGUGUAUCUGCGGCAGACACCUAAUGACCUUACUGGCGAACAUACUGCAGUCAUGCUUCGGACGCUAGAGACCGCUUCGAGCGAUCCGAGCUGGCUAGGCGCUUAUGCUCAAGACUUCCAUAAGCGCUUCUUGUCAUUACUAAGCUAUCAGUUUCGCACCUUCGGAAGCGUGCAAGCGCUGGCUAUUGACGAGUCAGCGAACUUGGGUAUCAAGCUUUUAACCGAGGGCGAAAAGGUCAAGCCACUUGACAAAGCACAUCUGGACGACACAUUCACGCCAUUUGACCUGAAGAGGUUAGAUUCGUAUGCAAAUAGCAUGAUUGACUAUCAUGCCAUUCUGGAUCUACUACCUAGCAUAGCCGAGCUGUACUUCACCGGCCGUAUGCGCAACGACAAUGGAAUCAGAUUGUCCGGCGUACAGCAAGCGCUGCUCUGCGCCGUGGGCUUGCAGCGAAAGGUGCUUGAAGAUGUGGAAAAGGAGCUUGGUCUGGCCAUGAGCCAAUUGCUGGCCAUGUUCAACAAGGUGAUCAGGAAGGUCAGCAUGUAUUUUCGACAGCUGCAAGAAGGUGCUAUCGUUGCCGAUCUACCACGAGCAGAAGGGGAAGCACCUACGAACGGCGUCACAAUCGACCCCGAGACGGUCGGCAGAGAGCUUGAAGCGGAGCUUGCAGCUGGCGGCGCGGAGUUCGACAAAAUGGAGCGAGAACGGCACAAGCAGAUGAUUGAUGCACUUCCACUGGAGAACUACGCUGUUGUGAACGGCGAUGCAGGUUGGGAGGACGCUGAGAAGGCUGUAAAGGACGGUAAGAAGCGGAGUACGUUCAGCGUCAAGUCAUCAAGGGCGGAGGACAAGAACAAGCGGAAGGCUGGCGAAGCGUUGGCCGAGGCGCAAAGGGAGGCGGAAAGUGUUGGCAAGAAGAAGGUCAAGAAGAGUAGGUAA